ACGGAGGCGGAGGACCAAGUGGAGGGUCGACUCUUUCUGGAUGUUGUAGUCGGAGAGGGUGCGGCCAUCCUCGAGCUGCUUUCCGGCGAAGCUCAAUCGCUGUUGGUCCGGUGGGAUGCCUUCCUUGUCCUGGAUCUUCGACUUGACGUUGUCGAUGGUGUCGGACGAUUCCACCUCGAGGGUGAUGGUCUUGCCGGUGCUUGA